AUGACCACUUUAGUUGGUUUUACUUCAACCAUUUCUUCAUUUGGUACUGAUCAGACAACUAUCGAAACAUUUGUUGCAAAAUUAAAAAGACAUGCCAUAAAGAUUGUUGAAUCAAAGGAAAGGGAAGAAGCUGAGAAGGUCUUGAUAAAUAUGAAGGACAGGUUUGAAAUAGUGUUUAGUUAUGAUUCUGAUUCAAUGCCAAGACUUUGGAUAGGAAAAGAAGAUAUAAAAACAAUCACCAAAAUGGCUCGAUUAGCAUCAUUAAAGUUACUAGUUGUCCUUGUUGUAAUUUGCUUAGAAGAAAAUACGGAUAAUGUUGAGGAUUUAUUACAACUUACUUUGAUGGAUGGCCUUAUCUCUUCAACAUCAAAUAGAAAUUUGUUAUCGGACACAUUGAUUGCAUUGAAUUCCAAUAAGUGGGGAGAUGAACGACUUCAUAGUCUUUUU